CAAACGAAAAGCAACACCUCCCCCCUUUUAUUUUCAAAAGCAGCUUGAAAAAAAAAAUAUAUAACAAAACAGCAGCCAACCAAGUGGGUCCGAACCCAGCCCCCUGAGGCCGAGUCCUUGCCUCUGUCAGCGUGGGGUAUGGCCUCCAACAGCAUCUUCGACUCCUUCCCCAACUACACACCGACCUUCAUCCGAGACCCGAGCACCAGCCGCCGCUUCACUCCCCCCUCCACGGCCUUCCCCUGCGGCGGCGGCAAGAUGGGCGAGAAUAGCGGCGCGCUGAGCGCGCAGGCUGCCGCGGGCCCCGGCGGCCGCACCCGGCCCGAGGUGCGCUCGAUGGUGGACGUGCUGGCCGACCACGCGGGAGAGCUCGUGCGCACCGACAGCCCCAACUUCCUCUGCUCCGUGCUGCCCUCGCACUGGCGCUGCAAUAAGACCCUGCCGGUCGCCUUCAAGGUGGUGGCACUGGGGGACGUGCCUGAUGGAACGGUGGUGACAGUGAUGGCCGGCAAUGAUGAGAAUUACUCGGCUGAGCUGCGCAAUGCUUCCGCUGUCAUGAAGAACCAAGUGGCCAGGUUCAAUGACCUCCGCUUUGUGGGCCGCAGUGGGAGAGGGAAGAGUUUCACGCUCACAAUCACCGUGUUCACCAACCCUACUCAAGUGGCCACCUACCACCGAGCCAUCAAGGUCACCGUGGAUGGACCCCGGGAACCCCGACGGCAUCGGCAGAAGAUAGAAGACCAGACCAAGGCCUUCCCCGACCGCUUUGGAGACCUGCGCAUGCGUGUAACACCAAGCACCCCUAGCCCCCGCGGCUCACUCAGCACCACAAGCCAUUUCAGCAGCCAAGCCCAGACCCCAAUCCAAGGCUCAUCAGACCUGAACCCCUUCUCGGACCCCCGCCAGUUUGACCGCUCCUUCCCUACGCUGCAAAGCCUCACAGAGAGCCGCUUCCCAGACCCCAGGAUGCACUACCCGGGCGCCAUGUCUGCCGCCUUCCCCUACAGCGCCACGCCGUCGGGCACCAGCCUGGGCAGCCUGAGCGUGGCGGGCAUGCCGGCCAGCAGCCGCUUCCACCACACCUACCUCCCGCCGCCCUACCCCGGGGCCCCGCAGAGCCAGAGCGGGCCCUUCCAGGCCAACCCCGCGCCCUACCACCUCUUCUACGGCGCCUCCUCCGGCUCCUACCAGUUCUCCAUGGCGGCUGCGGGCGGUGGCGAGCGCUCGCCCACCCGCAUGCUGACCUCCUGCCCCAGCGGCGCCUCGGUGUCCGCGGGCAACCUCAUGAACCCCAGCCUGGGCCAGGCUGAUGGCGUGGAGGCCGACGGCAGCCACAGCAACUCACCCACGGCCCUGAGCACGCCGGGCCGUAUGGACGAGGCCGUGUGGCGGCCCUACUGAGCACCCUGGGGACUCGCAGGCCACCCGAACCCGGCUUUCCAGCUCUAGGCUACAGGAAGAAACAGACUUUGGCCUGGUCCCAGGGGCCAGAGCUGGCGAUGGCUCCCAGAGCUCUGUCCAGCAACAAGUUUGAGCAGACGAUGUGGGGACCUCUUCCAGGACACUGCCCCAGCCCAGACCCACCUCUGUUGUCUCCAGUCAUGCCUAGGAUUAUCUCCUGAGUCAGAGGCUACCCCUGCACAUGAGGAAGGCCUUUGUUAGCAAGAGAAGCUCAGGCUCAAAAGAUGCCCAAAUUCCCUCUCUCUCUCCCUGCCCCCUGGGGACCAGCCCUCCCUCAGCAUCCAUACUCAUCAAAUCAACCAGAAACCCCAACUCCUGAGAUGACUUCACUGUAGAGAGGGAAGCCAGGACACACCCACACCAGUCCCAAACUUGACUUGCCCAUUACCCCAGGUAAGCUGUCCUUGGCUAGUUCUAGCUUACCUGAAGACACAGGCCCCAGAGCAAACUCAUCCUUGGUGGGGGGUCACUAAAGUGAGGAAGGCCUCAACACCUCCAAGCACAUUCCAGCCUGAAGGGCCAACUCGGUUCUCGGCAGAAAGUCUUACCGUGGGAAGCAUCCCUGCUCAUGGCUCACUAGUCCCAGCCAAGCUGUGUCCCGGGCCUUACCUCCCAACUUGCAGCCCCACUUGCUACGUGUUUGUACCUAGAAGCAAAAGAAAAAGUGACUUCAUCGUGCAUUUUAAAACAAGGUCUGUGAUAGGUGAAGUUUGUGUAUAUGAAAACCCCGCCUCGGCAGGCUCCUGCCACCCUCGGACCUCACAGAAGGGGACCAGGGGCUCCAGGAGGCCUUGUGGAGGCUCUGUUGAGGUGUGCAAUGGCAGAACAGUGUCCAGGCAGAGGUCAAAUGGGAAGGGAGGACUUGGCCUGGAGCCUGGGUCAUGGGGACUGUGGGAGAUUGUCAGUGGGAUAGGUUUAAAAGCUUUACCAGAGCUGGCCCACAGGUGGUUUUUCAAACUGAGAGAGCCACAUCCUCUGUAGCCUUGGAACUCUCCUCUAGAAGGCUCCUUAGUGAUGGUCUCUGUGGUUGUGCUUGGCCUUCCCCAUUGCCCACACCUGUAACAGCCACAUAUACACUCUGGUAGGUCAGAGGAUCCUGCCAAUCCUGUGCAGAUACCUCCUGUUACAGUUUCUUUUGUCCCAUCCUUAUGGGGGGGGGGAAUACCAAAACAUUUUGUCUCUUGGAAGUAGCUGAGUUAGCCUUCCAGCUCCUCAUCUAGGCCAUCUAGGGCGGGGCCUCCUCACCUCUUCUCAGGAAGCAGCUAUAGCCCAUUGCCCUCCUACCUGCCUCUGCUACUGGUCCAUGGUGUAGACUGGCCCAUACUACCAAGGAAGACACCUUUCAGGGUCCUAGCACCUAGCACCGUGCAAGCCACCCCAGGCAACUGCCCUUCUUGAUAUCCAAAAGCAGCUAAAGAUGGAAAAUACACACACACCAUUACUCCUCUUCCCCAUCCUUGAUUAACAGUGACAGCUGAGUCUGUUGGUCCUACAGUGAGUACAGGCAGCCUGGGCUGGUAAAAAUGGGUCCUAUUCUCAAGGCUACUUGAAAGUGCUACUUGGAAGCACUGGAUAGAAAGAAAGCACAAGGAAGCUAAGGGGUUGAUACAAUGUCACUGUAAGUGUGUGUGUGUGUGGGGGGUACUGAUCCUUUGUGACAUUGUUACCCUGAAGUAUCCUACCGGCUAUGAGCAGGUCUUCCUGAAGCAGGCUCAGAGUUGAGGGGGAGGAGGGGACCUGCUUUGCACUAUAGGCUGCUUGGUGUGUUUGUUUUUUAUGCACAACUUGCUUGUACAGUCAACUGCCCAUCUUGGGUACUAUUUAACUGUAAAAUGAAAAUUGUAUUUGUUACAAUAAUAUAACAGAUGCCUUCAA